AAACUUAUUCUUCAUUAUCCAAGACUUUUUUUUCUUCUUUUGAAAGAACCAUUAAUGUAGAUAUUUGGAAGGUCAUCUUCAUAUAAUUUACUUGUUUAUGAUGAGGCUCCUCAUGUUAAAACAUGCAAAGGAAUAUUGUGUUUCCUCAUAUAAAAUGAAUACAAUUGAAUUUAGACUAAUAAUUAAAUUUUUUUAUUAUUAUCAUAUGAUGUAUUGGGGCUCCUUUUACCCUAUAAAUACAUGUGCCCUCUUCCUCUAUAUUUCUUGUGCGCCUCUUUCUCCCUUCACAAUCACCUCCUUUACCCCUUCCCUAUUUGCCUAGGCUUUUCCUCCCACCAUAGCAAAAAGCUCUGUCUUUUCACGGCCAAGCUCUUGCUAUUAUCGGCAGAAAGUUGAAGGUCUCAAGGUAAUUAAUUAUAACUCUCAAGUCUACUUUGCCUAUCUUCUUCCUUGGACAGUUUUCUGUCCAUUUAUAUAAUCAUUUUGUGUUAGCGGUUCUGCUCAAAUUCAGCUCAUGUUACUGAUUUUGUUGUCCAUGUCUCUCUAUCUAGUAUCUAACCCAAUAAACCACUAAUCACAUAUGUAUCGAAAAAAGAAAACUUAGACGAAAGUGGAGAUUAUUGUUGAAUCAAAUCCAAUACUUAAAAACGAGAAAGUGUUAAGUUUACAUAACAGGCGAGUCAUCCAAAAUGUAUUUACUAAUCAACUAAUCACGGACAAACCCUUAUAACGAGAAACUUGGAUGUACCUUUUAAUAGACAUGCUAUACAUAAAAGAUGCACGACAUAGUACACAGAUGUAUAAGUGUAGACAAGCAUGAUCCAUGAACGUGUUCGUUACGAUGACAUAGAACGUGAACGAAUUUGCCACAAGAUCGAACAAAGUAAAUGAAUUUUAAAUAUACCACAUGAAUUAUUUUUUUGAUAUCCAUUGUCAUACAAAUGCGUAUCUGGAACUCUACAACAAGACGGAGCAACAAAGAAUCAUAUGGUUGAAUACGGAUACCACAUAAAGUGAGUCUUUUAGUUUCAAAGUCAUUAGUCUCCUUCUUUAAUUAGUAGUUACCAUGAUGCAUAUUCAUUUGUAUCAUAUUCCAUUAAAAUUACUCCGUUCAAAAAUCGAGCAUUUAACAGUCUAACUCUAAUCACAAAAGGUAGAAAACUUAGUUUGAAUACAUGUUACCCUUAAAACUUUUUGGCAUCAACUGUUCACUAAAAUCUUCCCUUUUUUGGGUGAAAAUAUUGCCUCAAAAUCUUCGGUGGUACAUAAGAGAACACAGUUUAACAUCUUACGAUGACCUAACGAACCAUUCGAUUUCAGGAGACAAGAGGAUUAGCAAAAGGAUUGGAGUAGAGAGAGUACAAGUAGCCAGCAGCUAGCCUAUCAUUCCAGUCUCACACAACGCCGGAAUUCCAUGGUCGAGAAGGUGGAUUCGAGGAGCAAUAUGAACCAUCAGGUAAGUAAAAGAAAGGAGACAACUAUCUAUAUCUUUUUGCAUAUGCUCCCUCUUCGUGCUCUCAACUCACACACUCUCUCUCUCUCUCUCUCUUUCAUUCUGAGUACCUAUAUCAACUAUGUACAUUGCACCAUAUGUAUGGAUCUCCUAACAACACACCCCAUGUGGCCCUCCUUCGCAGGGAAAAAAAAUAUCCUGCGUAUUAUCAGUUUCGAGUUAAACAGAAUUCGUAGACGAUUUGAGUAACAAAAUUAAGUGAUGAAUAUAACUAAAGGGUAAAACACUGAUGUCGUUGCUGGUGGGUUGGUGGUUCGUCAUUUUCCAUCACAACAGUUCGCUUUAGAUUGAUCCAUUCCUUUUCGAUCAACUUGUAAUCGUCUGCUUUAUUUUUUUUUAUUCGACUUUUUAUUACGUUAUGAUUACUCUUUUGUGAUGUGGUUGAGUUGCCCUUUUAUUGUUUUAGAAAAUCUACCAUAAGUUUGUGUAAAAUUUAGAUAAUUAUGUUGUUUUUGUUGAUCUCGAAAUGAACUUCUUAUAACCCGCUCUUUUCUAAUAGGUAACCCUAGAUACUAGAUAGCAUUAAAGUAUGAAACAUAACUUAUGAAGGGUGUUAAUGAAUAAUUUAAUUCCCAUCUCCUUUACUAUAUUUUAAACUGUUUUUUUUUUUUUUGUAAAAACAUAUACGUGCUGAAAAGAUCUGUUCUCCCAUGCAAUGCUUUGAAAUUCGAAUACAUGUCCGAGUGAGGGACAGUGAUACCUUGGACAUAUGGGUCUUGGUCGGUCAAUCGACAGUUGACCAGAAUUCACCAAUAUUAAAUGAAAGAAAAUAAAAAGAAAAUUCAUAAGAAUAAUAAUAAUAAUAUAAAACUUGAGUGUAAUUAGAAAAUUCGGCUGGUCAAACACCCAAGCCGCACAUGAAUGUUCAGAGAUAUAAUAUUAGUCAAUUUGGGAUGUUGGUUUCCUUUUGAUUUAUUUGUUUUCCCUUUUUAGCCUGAAAUUUGUGAGUAUUUAUAUCGAAAAUGAAUAAGAAAAUGAGUAUGAAUGUCUAACAAAAAGCAUAUUUUAUCCAAUUAAAUUGAAAUAAUUUAAAAUUUGAAUAAGCAAAACUAAAUUUAGUUGUAAUUAAAAAGUGAACACAUACCCUUACUAGGGUUUACGUACCUAACCUACCCUUUUGCGCCUCGUUGAAGAAAACCCAUACCGUAGCUGGAUCUCUUAUGAGAUAAUCCAGCAGCUGUUAAUCAUUAAUUAACACAGCACUUAUAGUAAUAACAGACGAUAAACCGUCUAGAAGCGCGGUUAUAACUUUAGUUACAGCUCUUUAAUUAUUGUUAAUAAAUAUUAUUAUUAUCUGUCACUAUCCUUCAUGGGAAGUCUAAAGCUCAUCCCUUGUGAAUGAAGGAAAAGGAAAGUAGUUUCAUAUGAGAGAGACAAAAAGAGUUCGAUCAUCGUUUUGUUCUAUGCCAAAAAUCUUUGGUUUGGUUGCUCUCUCAGUUUUUGCAGUACAUCUUCUACGUUAGCACCGAAGCUGGAUAUUUCAUAGUACUUCACCUUAAUCAUGUCUACAGAAAUUAAUUAGUGAAUAGUGAUCUCCCCGAUUUUCGAUUUUAUUUCCGUAAGGGAAUCUUCAUUGAAGUUAAGGUAAAUCCGAAAAGUUGAGAUGGUAUGGGUUCGAUCGUAACAAAAAAUGAGGUAAGUUACGCGAACAAGGAUUGAUCUAAUUGUAAUACCGCCAAUCUUGAACAUGAAGAACCCAAAUAUGAAUCCCUUUGUCAACACCUAAAUACAAAAAAUAACAAAUGUUACCCUUAUAGUAAAAUAAAAUAAAAAGAAAUAUUUGUAUAAGAUAUACCAUUGUACUUUUAGCUCUUAAAGGUUAUUAUGAAGUACAAACGUACAAAGAAAAUGACAAUUAAUGAAAAUAACCUUUACCUAUCAUAUGACCAUUCAGCUAGAUAGCUACUAGCUGUUUAUUUAUAGGGAUGACAAAAAAAAAAAAAUUCAUGUUUUAGUAUUGUCUAAUCCCAAUUUAUCAUGUGUUAAGUAAGAUUUGGGUAAUUUCACUUUUGGGUAUCUUCAUGUCCAGGUUUUUGGUUUUGAUCUAAUUAGAUCUAUAGUAUUGGGUAUAAAGAGGAAAUAAAUAUUUGAUUCUAAUGCAAUUUAUGCAUUUUUGUUUAUGUAACAAAUAAAAAGGUAGAAACAUCAACAUUAAAUGUGUAAUUGGGUUAAAUUUUUUUUGAAUCCAAUCUAGCUAAUACAAUAUAAGUCGUAACAAUUGAGUCAAAUUAUACUACGAGCCAAUGCAUUUGUCAUUCGUAUGUAUUUAUACUUUUAUAGGGACACAUUGUUGGAUAAUUAAUCAUUCAUAUACAUAGUCAUUAAUUCCUAGGUCAAGUCCCAUCCCCCCCUUUUCCCCCUUGCUUACUAGUUAAUUGAUAUAAAACAAGUGCAAACCAAGUUUUGAUUUGAACCCUUUUGAGAUUAAUUAGGCCUACUAUAUUCGUCAUUUAUCACGUUUGUUUUGUUAUGUGAUUCGUCGAUAAUAAAGUCAUAAUAAUGAUUAGAAUUACAUGGUGAUUAAUGAGUGAGACCCACUACCCAAAAUGCAAAUGAGACUUCGGUGAUGGCCACUGCAUAAGUUGAUUUUGUGGAAGUAUGUGUGCCAAUGGGUUUGGCCGAAAGUUUUUUUUUAAUUGAAGGUGAAUUUGGCAAGUAAAGUGGCCAUCUGGGCACCUUUUUCUCAUUCAGAAUGAUUAAAUUGACAGCUUCAUUCCCUGGGUCCAACGUUGGUUUUGUGCUAUACACAUAAUAGCUUUGCUAUAUGGGUGAUGAGGUUAGGAGAACUGAAUCUCGUAAUCUUUGUGGUGAAGGUUAUGCGGUACAAAUAAUAGUUAGUGUCGAGAUUGGAGAUGUCAAUUAGUACGAUACUGUUUGAUUUGAGUGAAAAUCUGCACAAAUUUGUACAAAUUUAUUGUUGAGUUGCUUCCCAAAGAUGCCUCGUUUACCAAACACGGAUCUCCUUUGAUCUGUUAGACAAAUGUGAAUCUUUCUUGAUCCACCAAACAAACACGGAUCCCGAGGUCAUCGGAUGAGGGUCCACGAAGCUGAAGUUCACCUCCUUGGAUCGGAAUCAAACUUUGAUAUCACUUGUUGAAAUUGUGUAGGCUCAUUAGUACGAUAUUGUUCGCUUUGAACCAAACCCGCACGAAUUUACUUCUAGAUUCCUUUCCAAAAUCUCAAGAAGCCUAGUACUAAUUAGGCCAGGUGAGCACUGAGAGUGUGUCUUUGUACAGUUAGAUUUUUAGUUUUCCUGAUUGGUAAAGGCGGAGAAGAUAAGAGAAAGAAAGGGGAUCAAAGCACACAUAUAAAGUCAUCCUUGAAAUGCAAUCUUCAAAGUGCAGGUUAAAGUUAAUUAUAGGUUUCUGAUUUCGCGACCUUACUGCAAUGCCGUAAUAUCAAUAGUGCUUGUUGUCAUUCCUAUGGACUUUUUGCUAGAUUCAGAAUAUUAUGUGUUUAACAAAAGGUAUGUAGGUUAUUGAGAUUUAAACAUAAGAUUUUAAUACUAUAUCAAGAACUAACUGAUCCUAAUAAUUUGAAUUAUUAAAAGAGAUUCAUCUACGAAUCAUAUACCAAUUACCAACCAACAUAGUAUUAAAAUUUCUCUACUCCUAGGCGUAAUGAGAAAAUUAGAACAAGAGAAAAAUAUCUAGAAAUGAACUCUCACAUAUUUGUUAGAUAUUUUUUUUUAUGUGCUCCAAACUUGCUAGAUAUUUGCAUUUUCGGAAUCAUCUCAAAAGUUUGACCGGAAAACACACACCUAACUAGUAUUUCUUAGGUUAUAGUGAUUAGUGAUUACCAUAUACUCCAAAUCUCGAUUACUUAAUUGGGUUUCCACUGGAAUUAAUGGAAAUUAAUUUAUAUUAUCCACAGUGUAUAUUAUAAUUAUGAGCUAUGUACUAGCUAGAAACUAAACGCGGUAUCACAACAAAUGAGGAAUCACUAGCUAGCAUGGAUCAUGGUUGUUACUUCUCUUGGUUACUUCUUCACACCAUUUAUAUAGCAUCUUAUUAUGGCCAUCUAAUUUGUCCCAAUCAACAAUGGGGGAAAAUAUAUAGGGAAUUAGCAAACCGCAAAAACACUCCCAAAGCCCCCAAAGGUCACAUGAUUUAAUUGGUAUUAGUUCUCUAAGUAUCUAUGAAUUUUGACAAUUUAUUUGUAUUUUAGAUGUAAUUUUCACAAUGGGCAUAUUAUUAGCAUGAUUUUCUCUACCACCCUUUGGAUUUUCAGAAAAUAUGCAUGGUCAUUUCAUGCAUUACAAUAAUACAUAUGUUUUUUUAUGGUUAAAUCAAAUUUUACUAAGCACAAACAAUCUAAAUCUAAAAAGUGACAAAGUACUAUCUACUCUUUACAACUUAGAAGAAAGAAAGACGGUUGUUUCCCUGCAAUCAUCCUCCGCCUAGUCAGACUAUCUCUUAAAACCAAAUCACCUGAAGCGCUAUACCCCACGUACUGUCUGCACAAUGACAAUAUACUUAAUUUUUGUAUAAAAUUGAACAAGACAAACGAUGAGUGGGUCGAAAAUCACGUAUUCAUAGAAUCACAAGUCACAACAAACGGCUUAUGAUCCCAAACAAUCCUACAUAUCAAUGUACUUAAAGGUUUCAGAUAAUAGUUAAAGAUAGUUUUAAAUUUGGCAAGAUGACAAAAAUAAAAAAGAUUGUGUGAUACAAAUACCGAGUAUGCUCAAUCAAAGUGUUGUAGAUUUAUCAUAUAUUUAUGAAAUAUUUUAAAAAAUAUCUUCACAAACAUUAUAAUUAAGGAGAGGAGUCGAUAUUUAUUCGAGUGUGAGAACCCCCCAAAUAAAGAUACACUAAGUUUUCAUCGAUGCCACGUAAUUCCAGUUACCUCUCCCUCCAAUAUUCCCAUAUCCCUCUAUAUAUACCUUACGCUUGCUUUAUUCACAAACUUAGCCAUUUACAUUGCUAUACUCACUACCAAAAAAGAUAAUCUAUAAACCCACUUGUCUUCCCUUUUUUCCCCCCUUUCCUCUCAGGCUGGGAGCAUGGAGAUAGACCCUCCUUUCCGCGAGGCCUACAAGGACCUCCUCAUCGACAAAAAGAAGCAGAUGAAACAGAUGAAAAAUUCAUCUGCUCCUCCUCUUUCUGACACGGCAGUCGUGUCAAACAUCAUCGAGGAAUGCGAGCUCCCUCUCAUCGACCUCCAGCCACUGGUGACCGGAGGUCCACUGGAGAGGGAGCAGUGCAAGAACCAGAUGGCGAGAGCCUCCAGAGAAUGGGGGUUCUUCCAGGUGGUGAACCACGGCGUCUCGCGGGAGAUUCUGGACAGGAUGAGGAAGGAGCAGAUGAAGGUGUUCAAGCAGCCGUUCGAGAGGAAGAAGGAGGAGGACAAGUUCUCGGCGGGGACUUACCGGUGGGGCACGCCGACGGCGACAUGUCUCAGGCAGCUGGCUUGGUCGGAGGCUUUCCAUAUUCCAAUGACCGACAUCUCGACUUCGUUCGACGACGUGGGUGGCGGUUCAUUCAAUAGCCUCAGCUCGGCGAUUGAGCAAUUUGCCACGACGGUGGCCGACUUGGCCCAGAAGCUAGCCGAAACCUUGGCCGAGAACUUGGGCAGGAAAUCGAGCUUCUUCGAAGAGAACUGCGUGCCAAGCUCCUGUUACCUUCGGAUGAACAGGUACCCGCCUUGUCCUUUCCCGGCGGAAGUUUUCGGGCUGGUGCCGCACACCGACAGCGACUUCCUCACGAUAUUGCACCAAGACCAAGUCGGCGGCCUCCAGCUGGUCAAAGACGGUAGGUGGUUCGCCGUCAAGCCCAAUCCUCAAGCACUCAUCAUCAACAUCGGCGACCUGUUCCAGGCAUGGAGCAAUGGCGCGUACAAGAGCGUGGAGCAUCGCGUGGUGACGAACCCGAACGUCGAGAGAUUCUCCACGGCGUACUUCUUCUGUCCGUCGUACGAUACCGAAAUCGAGAGCGGGUGUGAGCCGUCGAUCUACAGGAGGUUCAGCUUCAAAGAGUAUAGACAACAGGUCCAGGAAGAUGUUCAGAAAUUAGGAUAUAAAGUAGGGCUUCCGAGAUUCGCUGUAAACGCUAUUUAAUGAUUAAGGAAAUUAAGUAGAUAUCAUAUUUAUUCAAUUUAGGGAUUGCCCAUUUGUUUUGAUAAUAUAUAGCUAGCUAGGGAGAUUGAGCGUGAGAGGAGGGGAAAAAAUAAACAAAAAAAAAAAGAAGAAAAUGUUGUUUAUUUAUAUUCUUAUAUUGUUUGGAGAAAGUAUAUAUAAGAUUGGGACCUCAGUCGAUGAUCAAUAUAUAGCAGUGAUUAAUUGAUUUCUGUCAGUUUUAUUUUGGUUAUUUAUCUAGUCUACUUGGUAAUCAUACAUGAGUUAAUGUAUUAACGCGGUAAUAGUCAUUGGAUCAUCCAUUAUGCAUUUCGAGAUUGCGAAGAAUCACGUUAUUGCAAACUAAUCUCAAUUUAAUCAGUUGGAUCGUAGCCUAAUUGGUAUACAGCUAUGCCCAAAAGACGACCGAGCUGCUUUCCUAAUAUUUAAGUUGAUUACCACGUGAAUUCCAUUUUAAGAGAACAAAAUAGUUGCUAGUUAUAAUAAUUGUAGAGAUAGUUCAUAAAAAUGGUUAAUACACUAAUUUUAUCCGA